AAACUGUAAAGUUUCGUAGAUGCCAAAAACAUAUGUUUUUACACCGCGUAUGAAAUUUAGUUAUCAAUUUUGCAAGUGCUCUUAUAUUUGGCGAUUGUGUGUGGGGCUCUGCUCCCACAAAUAAAUAAAUAUGGCUAAAACCUACAACGCUAUACCGGCUGGCUUUGAGUCCGACGACGAAGAACUCGAUUACAUGCUGGCCAACAUGAAAAUCAAACGUCUCGAAGAUAUUACAACAGGUGCUGGCAUAAAUGGUGAUUUCGACGCCACACUGGACUCCGAAUCGCAGUUAUUCUUCACUGUAUUCCGCGAAAAGUGGAACAUGCACAGCAAGUGCAAAUCAUCACCUUACAUGAGACAGGAUCUAAUCAAUGCACUGAUGCGCCACCAAAAUCCCAUGCUAAUGGCCCUCAAACUAUUCGCAAACUGUCCCGACAGCAGCAAUGUGAAGAACAAGAGUCUGUCGCACUUUGUGCUGGACACGGUGUGCCAACUGCAAUCGGAUAAGCCCCAGUUGAGUGAUCAUUGCGAUGACAACACAAGCAUGAUUGCCUUUCACUUUGUGAAGACAACUGGACUACAAUCGCUAAAUAAUGCCAUGGUGCAGGCAUAUCGCAUCCAUCAAAUACGCGAAUUGCUGGUGCCCAAGCUGCGCGAGAUGCUCGACAGCGGUUUCUACAAGGAGGUCGCCCAGUGGACAAUCAAUUUGCAGUUAACGCAUCAAUUUGAUAUGAUGGAAUUGGCCUUUCCGCUGAUUGCGCAGGAAAAGCUGCCGUUGGCCGAAGAGUACCUGGAACAGGCGACCCAUCAACGUCUGCCAUUCGUCAAGUUUCUCGACUCGCUGCUGCACAAGGAGAAAUCCGUGAUUGAGCUAUGUGAAAAUAUCCUAAGUGGCUACAAGAAUCUGAAGGUGUCGCAUCAUGUGCUAAGCUAUCGCCCCGUCUCAAAGAUCGUGGCACGCCUAGCCAAGAAAUACGAAUUCGAUGACUCUAUUACGCCUAACUACAAAUUCACAAAGACCUGCAGCUACUUACAUUACCUGUACCGCGAAUACGAAAAGUCGCGCAUCAAUCUGGCCAGCUUCCGAGAGUUGGUGAGCGUCCAUGCUUAUGACUAUGCACUACAGGUGGACUUUGUCAGCUAUCUGGCGGCGGCAACUGUGCUCAGUCCGAAUGCAUCGGAGGCCGUCUAUUGGCACAAUGAGUUCAAGCUGCUUCCUCAGGAUUGUCCGCACGAAAUCAAAUCCCUAAUUUCACAAAACAAACAGCAACAACCGCAGCAGCAACAACAGCAACAGCGACAUCAAAAAUCCAUGGAGCAAAUCCAAGAGACAACGUCUGAAGUGUACCUGAGCAUGGAUCUGCCGGAUAAAUGCCUCAUCAUUGUAGAUACAGCGCCGAUAUUCGAGCAUAUGCUGCAGCAUCUACAGCGUGAGCAGAUCAUCUACAUGGACGCGGAGUGGAUGCAGAACGUCUGCGUACAGAAUCAGCUCUGUCUGCUACAGAUUGCUACCACGCACAAUGUGUACCUCAUCGAUUGCCUGGCCAACCAGGCGCUACACGAAGAUCACUGGCGUGCCCUCGGCGCCACUGUCUUCAACAAUGUGAACAUUCUCAAGGUGGGCUUCUCCAUGCUCAACGAUCUGUCGGUGCUGCAACGUUCGCUGCCACUGCAGCUGCGUCUCCACAUGCCGCACCAUUAUCUCGAUCUGCGCACUGUUUGGCUGGAGCUGAAAAAACAGCGCCAUGGCAUUGAGUUGCCCUUUGGCAAUCUAAAUCGUGCCGGCGAUGCACUCACAGAUUUAACCAUGCUUUGUCUGGGCAAAAAGCUAAACAAAGCCAAUCAGUGCUCCAAUUGGGCAAAUCGACCGCUGCGACGCGAACAGAUUCUAUAUGCAGCUAUUGAUGCACGUUGCCUGCUGCACAUCUACGACUGUCUAACAGGCUGUGUGUCUGAUAUUAAUUUGAUUAUUGAGAAGAGCAUUGCCAGCAACAAUUUCCUGAGGCGUGGCGGAAAUAACGUGAAAUAAGUGUGUAAAUCUCAAUGGUAGUUCGGAAAAACGUAUUGAAUUCUAAAAAGCACCGCAUAUUAUUAGUUUAAAGUUAAUGUUAUGGAAUGAGUAUUUGAAUUAUAUACACAAUGACAAAAUAGAGCAGAACUUUAUUAACAAUGCGAGAAAUUUGUAUUUCUUAUCUUAACAUGUGC